GGCAUGCGUUGCUGGUCGUUUGUUCAUGGCUCUCCCAACAACGCACACCGCAAGCUGACCGCUGCGCAUCGCGGUCCCAUUUCCGAAUAAUACCGCUCUAGUCUAAGCUUCAUCAUCGACAGCAUCAAUCAACUCACCUGCGCCUCGGCAUGAGUGUUUUGCCGCCCGCAUAACCCCCGGCCAUGACGAUUCCGCGCCCCUUACCCGAGGGCGGCCUCGCCUUCACGCACCAGCCCGCCGUCGCGGAGUUCAACGUCCCCGCCAAAACCUUCGUCUCGGCGCGCCCGCUCAUCUCGGGCGCGGCCACGGGCGCCCUCGUGUUCUCCCGCGCCGCCGGCGAGGACCGCGUCCUGCUGCUCCAGCGGGCGCCGCACGACUCGAUGCCGCUGCGCUGGGAAAUCCCCGGCGGCGCGUGCGACGCGGAGGACGAGACCGUCCUCCACGGUCUCGCGCGCGAGCUGUGGGAGGAGGCCGGGCUGCGGCUCACGAACGUGGUGAGGCAGGUCGGCCAGGAGGACGUGUUCCUGACCCGCCGCGGACUUGCUGUGGUGAAGGUCACGUUCGAGGUCGAGGUUGAGACCCCUACCCCUGCUCCCGCCGGGUCCAGUGAGUCCAACGGAGACCUGGAGAAGCAGGUCCUGCCUGAAGUGACGCUGGAUCCGAACGAGCAUGUGCGUUUUGUCUGGGCCACUGAGGAGGAGUGUACCCAAGGGAAGGUCAAGGCGCCGGGUAGCGCAAGCGGGGAGGUGAUGGACAUUAGGUUUACGUCGGAAGCCCAGAGGAGAGUCGUCUUGCUCGGUUUCAAGCUCAGAAGAGAGGAUAACGAGAGGAGCAUAGAGGGAUAGAGGGGCCUUCAACGGCAGUCAGCCCUCGCCUUGAGCCCUAACCCUGUCAUCGUCUGCCUUGCUGUGACAGGUGCGGGUAACGUUACGGCAUAUCGUAUCCGUACAAUGGAAACUUCUGCGCGAAGGUUACCUGACU